GCUCUUCCGCGCCGCAAAGUAGCGCCUCUCAGGCGCGACUCCACCGGCCCUUCAACGGCUCGCUGGGAAGCGAAACCCACUUACGCCAUCCGUUCGCCCCCCUCACUUUAUCUCUUGUAUCGUCGACCACACAACUGUGGACAAAGGGGUCUCGAGAGGAGUUGGAGUGGAGGGGUUGGCCGGGACUCGUUUGUGAUGUUCCGUUAUCUGGCGUGCGGCGGAGGGAUCUGGCGGAGGGAGGUGUUUAUGAGGCGCUGGGGGCGGAGGAGGAGAAUUAGUCCGAGUGGAGCGAGCGAGCUGAGUGGUUGUGUAGUCGAGUCCCGGAGACCGGUAGCGCUUGCAGCAUGGCUGACCAGCUGACUGAAGAGCAGAUUGCAGAAUUCAAAGAAGCUUUUUCACUAUUUGACAAGGAUGGUGAUGGAACUAUAACAACAAAGGAGUUGGGAACUGUAAUGAGGUCUCUUGGGCAGAAUCCCACAGAAGCAGAGUUACAGGACAUGAUUAAUGAGGUGGAUGCUGAUGGUAAUGGCACAAUUGACUUCCCGGAAUUUCUGACAAUGAUGGCAAGAAAAAUGAAAGACACAGACAGUGAAGAAGAAAUUAGAGAAGCAUUCCGUGUGUUUGAUAAGGAUGGUAAUGGCUAUAUUAGUGCAGCAGAGCUUCGCCAUGUGAUGACAAACCUUGGAGAGAAGUUAACAGAUGAAGAGGUUGAUGAAAUGAUCAGGGAAGCAGAUAUUGAUGGUGAUGGUCAAGUAAACUAUGAAGAGUUUGUACAAAUGAUGACAGCAAAGUGAAGACAUUGUACAGAAUGUGUUAAAUUUCUUGUACAAAAUUGUUUAUUUGCCUUUUCUUUGUUUGUAACUUAUCUGUAAAAGGUUUCCCCCUAUUGUCAAAAAAAAUAUGCAUGUAUAGUAAUUAGGACUUCAUUCCUCCAUGUUUUCUUCCCUUAUCUUACUGUCAUUGUCCUGAAACCUUAUUUUAGAAAAAUUGAUCAAGUAACAUGUUGCAUGUGGCUUACUCUGGAUAUAUCUAAUAAGCCCUUCUGCACAUCUAAACUUAGAUGGAGUUGGUCAAAUGAGGGAACAUCUGGGUUAUGCCUUUUUUUUUUUAAGUAGUUUUCUUUAGGAACUGUCAGCAUGUUGUUGUUGAAGUGUGGAGUUGUAACUCUGCGUGGACUAUGGACAGUCAACAAUAUGUACUUAAAAGUUGCACUAUUGCAAAACGGGUGUUUUAUCCAGGUACUCGUACACUAUUUUUUUGUACUGCUGGUCCUGUACCAGAAACAUUUUCUUUUAUUGUUACUUGCUUUUUAAACUUUGUUUUAGCCACUUAAAGAAAAUCUGCUUAUGGCACAAUUUGCCUCAAAUCCAUUCCAAGUUGUAUAUUUGUUUUCCAAUAAAAAAAUUACAAUUUACCCAA